CAUAAAAAAAGGUGUGGAAGACAAGUCUCGUCUUGUUUUUGGUGGAAUUUCACAUUUUCACCUGCUUUAAGCCUAAAGGCCUCGCUACCUCCUCUUCAUCAUCUGCUUCUUCUUCUUCUUAUACAUCAUCUUCAUUGAUUCGUCGUCGUUUUCUCACACCAAAAUCGCACUCUUUUCUCUUCGUUCGACAAAUCUCUCUCUACACCGACACUCCUUACAAUUCAUAAUUUUAUCAACUCAUCAUUCUUAGGGUUUGUGAACGAACGAUUGAGUCGAAUUGGUACUUGAAUUUCACUGUUUCAAAUCAGAAGUAGAUCUUAAUCUGUGAGGAUUCAAAAGUAAAGUGAAGCAAAUAUGGAUGCUGAUUCAUGGAGUGCUCGUCUAUCUUCUGCUUCCAGGCGCUAUCAAUCUGCUUUUCAGUCUCGAUCUGGAAUGAAGUGGGAGAAUCUUGAGGCGGAAAUGUUGAUGGGUUUUGAGGAACUAGACGUUGAUGAUGAUAUAAGAGAGGAGUUCCCUUGCUGCUUUUGUUCCGAGUAUUUUGAUAUUGUUGGUUUAUGUUGCCAUAUUGAUGAUGAGCAUCCUGUUGAGGCCAAGAAUGGGGUGUGUCCGGUUUGCGCUAUGAGGGUGGGCGUUGACAUGGUUGCACACAUAACCUUACAACAUGGGAAUAUCUUCAAAAUGCAGCGCAAGAGGAAAUCUCGCAGACCUGGUUCUCAUUCAACACUUUCCUUAUUAAGGAAGGAACUGCGUGAAGGAAAUUUGCAGUCUCUAUUUGGAGGGUCUUCUUGUGUAGCUCCCUCAACUAGUACUGCACCAGACCCCUUGUUGUCAUCAUUCAUUUUGCCAAUGGGUGAUGAUUUCAAGAGUGCUCAAACGCAUUCUCCUGCUGAAACAAUCCCAGCCAAGAAAAGCUCAGUAGUAACUGCCUCUGAAAGGAAAGUUCAACAGGCCCCAUUGUCAAUCAAGGAUCAAGAGGAGAAGGCAAAAAGGAGUUCGUUUGUUCAAGGAUUGCUAUUGUCUACCAUUCUGGAUGAUAAUUUAUAAAGGUUGACAUGAAUGCUGCCCAGGGUUCACCAGUUUACUGAUAAAGCCGUGUGGUUAGUGAUCCAGCGCAGUGCGCAUGCUGCUGGCACAAUUGUAAUCCAACCGUGGAAUAAGAUGUAGUAAUCCAUGUAAUCUAUCUUGUUGUUUGUAGAAUUUAGUUGAUAGGCAGCAGACUCUUCAUGUAUCUUCUUUUAUUGCAGCUCAUGCUACCAUAAAGAAUAUAAUAAAUGUUCAAGUUGGUUUUAGUUUUU